GCACCCUACAUGGUGUCAUUGACUUCACCCGACAAGAAACGAGUCCUCCUUGCUGAGAUUAUCAUUCGUCCAGACGAACUUCAAGGUGAACCGCCCAUUUGUGUUGCCUUUCCUUACGCCUUCAACGAUGAUGAUGAUUUUAUGAGUGGAAAUGGAAAUGUCACUGUUACUCUAGACAGUAAUCCAAAUUUUGAAUUCAAUGCGGAUUGCACUAGACUGUGUCUCAAGAUGGAUAAGAAAAGGGGUGUGAAUAGGUCUAUUACACCUCCACCACCCGGUCGGUAUUCAUUGAAUGUACUGGCUCAAGACAAUCCCAAGGAGAUCAUACAUCGACUGACAAAACGUUUUCCUGUACGUGUGCUCAUUCAAAGUCCCAUGCAGGACAACACUCCACCCCUGGGAGCACCAAUACGCCAGGAAGCUGUGUCACUCUUUAAGUCCUCACGAGCAAUGGGCGAUCCUCCACCUCGACACUCAGGAAAGUCGCCUGCAACAGGUCGUAUCCUCGGCACUCUUCAACGACCAUCUUCUACUACACCCAAUCGUGGUGUAAAUAGUAGUUGGGAGUACAGAAAUGUCACAGUUAUUGCUGUUUUAGUGUGCAUGGCGUGCAUACUUUGCAUUAUUCUUUUGGCAAUUCUUCUCUUCAUGAAGAAGUGUGCAUAUAUGAGGAAUUUUAUCAUCAAAGAUCCUCCUCGUCCUGAUGCUCAGUCGUGUGGACUAAAUGCCCCGACACCGGUGACACUGCACGACCUCUCACCAAAGAGUGGCAAAUUUGCCACUGUGGGACGCUAUCCUGCCUUCGAGACGGAUCGCUAUCCCUGUGUUGACAUUAAAUCUCAAAUGGUAGUAACAAUACCGCCGGGUUCUGAGAAGAGUUUUACCAUCACACCAAGUGGACAGAUUGUGGGAAGUGUGAUUUAUGGAGAUGAGACUACUCAAAUGAGUCCACUACUUACACAAAAGAACAAUUUGGUGAUACCAGUGUGUCAUGGUGGUAGUCUACAGAAGGUCUCCUUCGGUCCAAUCUAUGGCACGGCUUGUGUGUCUGGUUCACGUCCUCCAACAGCGUCUAUCACCAAAUCGCCUAUUUGCUCCAUUUCUCUUGGAUCGCAAUAUGCCUCUCAGACACCCGUAAACACCACAACUCAAUCCAAAAGUCAAACUUAUAGUGUUCUACUACCCUCCAAGUCGUAUGAUGAAUUGCUUCACUGCUCUUCAAUAAAACCAAGUCCACUUAACUGUCAACAGCAUCAAUCCUUGCUAACUGCCUACAACAAUGUUGGAAAGAAGCAUCAAGAGGACUAUCAAAGUCCAUCAGUACAAACAAUCACUCCUGAUGAUCGUAAUUCUGUCUCUUUGAACUACAACUCAAAUGUCUCCUUCACUCCUCUCCACUUGACUCCAUCGUCUAGCCAAUCACCUUCUGGCAUUACCGACCCCUGUGGCUGCGGACAAGCCAGUUUUGUCUAG